AUAUCCACUGUUCUCUAUACAGCUCACACCAGCCUCCUCCUCUCUGGGUCCCCAUCUGGCUCCUGGCCCCAACACACAGACUGUAUCCAGGCUAAUGAGCUGUGCAUCAAUGACCCGUCGUGCAGCUCCAGAUACAGGACUCUGCGGCAGUGCCUUGCAGGCAGGGACCGGGAUGUCCUGCUCUCCAGUCUGGAGUGUAAAACUGCUCUGGAGGUUCUACAGGAGAGUGCCCUGUACAUGUGCCGCUGUCGGAGAGGAAUGAAGAAAGAGCUUCUGUGUCUACAAACCUACUGGGGCAUACAUGCUGGCUUGACUGAGGGGGAUGAGUUUUAUGAGUCAUCACCGUAUGAACCAGUGACCUCCCGUUUGUCUGACAUUUUCCGCGUGGCUUCCAUCAACUCUGGCACAGAGUCGUCCAUGUCCAGACAGAAUGCCUGUCUAGAUGCAGCCAAGUUCUGCAAUGUGAACGAUUCCUGCAAGAAGCUCCGUUCCGCCUUCAUAUCAGUCUGUAACCCAUCGAUUGAUGAGCAGUGCAACCGACGCAAGUGUCACAAGACCCUCCGCACCUUCCUGGAGCGAAUUCCUUCAAACCUGACCUACCCGCUCCUCUUCUGCCCCUGCAAAGAUAAGCCAUGCGCUGAGAGGAGGCGUCAGACCACAGUGCCAAGCUGUUCCUUCAAUCACCCUGCACUGCCUAACUGUUUGGAAAUUUGGAGCAACUGCAGACAGGACCCGGUGUGCAGGUCUCGGCUGGCGGACUUUGUUACUAACUGUAAGAGCUCCACUCAAACUGCAAGUGGUUGCGUGCGUGAUAACUACUCGGCCUGUCUGGGUGCCUAUGCAGGGCUGAUCGGGUAUGACGUAGCCCUGAACUUCCUGGACUCGGACCCCCAUCUACUUUCCAUUGGGCCCUGGUGUUCUUGUAAGGGUAGUGGAGAUCAGGAGACUCAGUGUGAACUAUACCUGAAAGAGUUCACUCAGAACCACUGUCUGCAAAACGCAAUACAAGCCUUCGGCAAUGGCACAGAUGUUGUACACAAACAGAGCCUCCCUAGAACCCCUCACACCACCGCCUCUUCCCGGGCCGAGAGGAGAAACCUUCUGCCAGACAACCAGAGCGACAGCAAUACCCUCUAUGAGGCUCACCCCGCUAUGUGCAACUCUCUCCAGGACAUGAAGAAUACCAGCAACCCGGAACUCACAAUCUGUGUUUCGGAGUCGCAGCUAAACCCGGACCUUUCACCAGACUUAACGAUAUUCGGAGAACACUCGGGGAUCUCUCGCCAGCAAGCAGGCAUUUUCUACAUAAUUGUAGAUGUUUCCUGCGGCCAGCAAAUGGCAAGUGACACAAACACAGAACGUUUCAUGCCGGGGACAUGCAGACCACCUCUCCUCGUUCCCUGCGCAGGAAGCACCGCCGAGCAUCUGUGGUUCACCACUCAUGCUACAUCCCUCCUGCUCCCUCCAUCCAGCCUUCAACAUCACGAUUCUCGCCCAUUAACGGCCAGCCGAGUGGCUGACAAAGGCCGGCGACGCUCUCUAGUGACGCUACACCAGCACUGCAUGCGAGAGAGCGUCAGCUGCUGUACAAGGAUGAGUCCCCAGCAUGGCCAUGUGGAGGAAGAAGGGUUAAUGUCACUCUGUCGGGCCCUGGCGAGGAACCAAGGCUUGUCAUAG